AUGCCUCCCCCGCACUAUGAUUUCUUGAUUAAGCUUCUGCUCAUUGGAGAUUCUGGUGUUGGCAAAUCAUGCCUUUUGCUGCGUUUCUGUGACGACGCCUGGACCCCCUCCUUCAUUACCACCAUCGGCAUUGACUUCAAGAUCCGCACAAUUGAGCUUGACGGGAAACGUAUUAAGCUGCAGAUAUGGGAUACAGCUGGACAGGAGCGCUUCAGGACCAUCACGACAGCCUACUAUCGCGGAGCGAUGGGUAUUUUGUUGGUUUACGACGUCACAGAUGAGCGCUCAUUCAACAAUAUCCGAACGUGGCAUUCGAAUAUCGAGCAGCAUGCUUCUGAAGGCGUAAACAAGAUCCUCAUCGGAAACAAAUCAGAUUGGACGGAUAAGCGGGCAGUCACUGAAGAACAAGGUCGCGAGCUUGCGAAUGAGUUGGGAAUCAAGUUCAUGGAGACUUCCGCCAAGGUGAACGAAGGUGUCGAGGAGGCUUUCUUCACACUAGCAAGGGAUAUCAAGACCCGUCUGAUUGACUCACAAGCAGACAGCGCAGCGCCGCCCACCGACUCACUUAAAGUCAACCAACCUGCGGCGCAGUCGACACAAGGCUGUUGUUCAUAA